AUGGAAUAAACUACGAAAAUCAUGGACGCCAUAGUUUUAUGGACAUAUGAGGUUGAUAAUGAAGAAAUGUUAGUUUUAAAUAUGGAAGUUCAUAAUAAAUCAGAUGAGUAACUAUAAAAUAUAUUUGAUGAAUAUUUCCAUAUAUUUGAUUUUGGAUUAUCUUACGAUCUUUAAUAUAUGGCCAUUUUCGAAGACAAAACCAGAAAAUCAUAUAAUUAAUCAAGGAGAACAAAAGGGAGUUAAAAAAGUGAUUUAAGAGUAAAAUUAUUGGAUAUUAAAUCUAACAGUGUUGUAUUUGAAAGUAGUUUAUUAUGCAAAGGAUUUCUUCAUAUAAACUUUCAUUUUUCACUAGAUUCACAUUAUCUAAUUUGUCAAGGGUAUUGGGAUGGUUACUUGGUAAUAGACAUUUAAGAAAAGAAAGAAUUUAUCUUUAAGAAUAAAGAGGAUUAAGAUUUUAUUUUGUAGAUGGAUUCAAUCAAUAGUUAUUAUUUAAACAGAAAUAAAAAAAUAUUAAAAAUUAAUGCAGAAUAGAUAAAUUUACAAUAGGAAAUACACCUAAAAUUCAAUUUUCAAUACAUCAUAUAUUUUAAAUCAUUUUUAUAAUAGUUUGCAUUGGUAAGCACGGAGUUAUUUCAAUAUAUAAUGUAUCUUGAAAAUUGUAAAGUAAUUAAAUAGAUUAAAAAGUAAGUUGAUGUUAGAACAGAAUUAAUCAUUUUUCAAAGUUACGUAAUAAUAGAAUAAGAAAAUGCCUAUCAAACAGAAUAUACAGUUAGAUUACUACAUAGUGGAAGAUUAGUAAGAAGAAUAAAGGACCUUUUAUAAAGUUCUGGUAAUGUAUGUUAAGAUGAAUUUGGCAUUUAUAAAUAUUCAUUUUUAAAUGAUGAAAGUCCAAAUAAUCAUUAUAAAAUCAAGAUAUUUGACUUUUUAAGAGGUAUUUCAAAAGAAAUAUAUUAUCGAUAUGAUUCAUAAAACAAUAAAUACUACUAAAUCUCGAAAUUUUAAGGUUAAUUUAUGUACACUUUGACAUUGAGUGAUUUGCGAACUUAAAUUUCGUGUUAUAUUUUAAGAUGA